AUGGCGCCGCCCCGGCCCGUCCUGCACCGCGGCGCCGAAAUGGCGGCGCCCAGCGAGGGCCGUGCGGGCCGGGGCUCCGCGCCCUUCCCGGGCACCGACAGCGGCUCCUUCCCCUUCGCCAUCCCGCACGGCACGGCGGGGGAGCCGCCCAAGAAGCCAUGCCGAGCCUGCACGGAUUUCAAGAGUUGGCUACGCGAGCAGAGGAAGCAGGCGGCCCCGGGCAGCGCGGACGUGGCGGUCGCGGAGGAGAAGGAGCCCCCUCCGGACUGUCCCCUGGACAGCGAGCAGCUGGGCCGCAGCACCUGGGCCUUCCUGCACACCAUGGCCGCCUACUACCCCGAGCGGCCCUCCGGGGCCCAGCAGAGGGAGAUGAGGGACUUCAUCAACCUCUUCUCCAAGUUCUACCCCUGCGAGCACUGCGCAGAGGACCUGAGGGAGAGAUUACGGACAAACCAACCCGAUACGAGCACCAGGAGUAACUUCUCCCAGUGGCUGUGUCUCCUCCACAACGAAGUGAACAGGAAGCUGGGGAAGUCAGAAUUCGACUGCUCCCGUGUGGAUGAGCGCUGGAGGGAUGGCUGGAAGGAUGGCAGCUGUGAUUAACCCACAGGGAUUGCUCUGGGAAUCCAGCACAGCAGUGCAGUCCAUGAGGAGUUGCUGCAGGGACAGUGGGAGGCAAUAACUCUGUUUGUGUGGGGCUGAUUCAGAGCUGAACCAAUGCCAGAAGGAGAAUUGAAAAUUGCAUCCCAAUGAAAUUUUGAUAAGUGGUACCUGAGGGGGUGAGGCUGCCAGAAACCUCUGAGAUUGGAUCACUGACAAACUCCUUUCGUUAUGACAUUUCCUGAUUUGGGGGGCAUUUGCUUAUUUUUGUGGCUAGAAUUCAUUUUCCCAGAACACAGUGGUGUUCUCUGCAGGCAUUGUCUGAUGUUUUAGAAAAUGCAUCUGAUUAAUUGUCAUUUUCAUUUCUGUUGUUCUGAUAGAGAAAUCUGCUGGGUUUUGUGCCAAGUCUGUACCCCUGGAUUUCUCUUUCCAGGAUCCCCAACAUUUGUUGUUACUCUUGUAUCCAGUUCCUUUGAUAAAAGUCUUGAGGCUACAUUUAAUUUAAACACUAAAAUCACUUAGCCCAGAUAUCUCAGUUUGGUUUUGUGUUUCAAUUUAUGUUAGAAGACAAAACAGAGUCAAAAUCAUUUCAAGUUCUUCACGUAGGUUGUGAUCUCAUCCCUUCCUGCACUCCUGGCUGGGAGAAGUUUGCACAAACCCUGACAACAGCAGGUUUUUUUUCCUUCCCUGCUUCCUGCUGAGGUAUUUUCUUGCAUGUUUUAUUGAGCUUCCUUAUGUCAUGCCCCACAGCACACCUGUGAGUUUGCCGUUGGGGUUUUUGUGCAGGUUUUGACUGGAAAUGUUACUGGUGCUGCUGUGCUCAGAGGAAUGGCAGUGCUUAUCUGAGACUUUGGUCUCACACCACACUGGGGUUCCUGAGUGGUUGGAGAACCAGUAACACCUUUGGAAACACAUUUUAAUAUUUUAUGGCACAGUCAAGUCUUUUCAAGUCGGGGCUGUUAAAUGAAUACGAGACUUUUAUGA